GGGGUCUGUCAAAACACCGCGCAGUCGGCGACAAGUGCCCUGACGCAGACUCAGAGCAGCACGCACGGCGGCCAUCUUGCUCGGAAGGGGGGGCUCGGCGUCAACACGUGAGAGGAGCCCGACGAGACAGGAGCACAGCAGUAUCUCUGACUUUAGGAGGACACUAUUCAUGUGUGAACCGACAGAGGCAUAGGAAGCCAGCACCAUGCCCUCUAUCAGCCUGCCACCGAAGGAGAAUGCUCUCUUCAAGAGAAUUUUGAAAUGUUACGAGCACAAGCAGUACAGAAACGGCCUGAAGUUCUGCAAACAGAUCCUGGGCAACCCAAAGUUUGCUGAGCAUGGAGAGACACUGGCUAUGAAGGGUUUAACCCUUAACUGUCUGGGAAAGAGGGAGGAGGCCUACGAGCUGGUGAGACGAGGCCUGCGCAAUGACCUGAAGAGUCACAUCUGCUGGCAUGUUUAUGGCCUGCUACAGCGCUCUGAUAAAAAGUACGACGAGGCCAUCAAGUGUUACCGGAACGCUCUGAAGUGGGACAAAGACAACCUGCAGAUACUCCGAGACCUCUCCAUGCUGCAGAUCCAGAUGAGAGACCUGGAGGGAUACAGGGAGACUCGGUACCAGCUGCUGCAGCUCCGUCCAGGCCAGCGGGCCUCAUGGAUUGGAUAUGCUGUGGCCUAUCACCUGUUAGAGGACUUUGAGAUGGCUGCCAAGAUCGUGGAGGAAUUCCGCAAAACACAACAGACAUCUCCAGACAAGGUGGACUAUGAGUACAGUGAGCUGUUGCUGUAUCAGAACCAGGUUCUGAGGGAGGCCCAUCUUCACAAGGAGGCUCUCGAUCACCUCAACAACUACGAAAAACAGAUCUGUGACAAACUUGCUGUGGAGGAGACGAGAGGAGAGCUACUGCUGAGGCUGGAGAGACCAGAUGAGGCUUCAGAGGUCUACCGGAGACUCCAAGAGAGGAACCCAGAGAACUGGGCCUACUAUCAGGGCCUGGAAAACGCCUUUAAGCCAGGCAGCAUCGAGGAGCGUCUGAAGAUUUAUGAGGAAUCCUGGGUGAAGUUUCCAAAAGGCCUGGUUCCACGAAGGCUACCUCUUACUUUCCUCACAGGGGAGAAGUUUCGUGAAUGUCUGGACAGCUACCUGAGGAUGAACUUCAGUAAAGGCUGCCCGCCCGUCUUCACUACCCUCAAAUCCCUCUACACUGGCAAGGAAAAGGUUACAGUCAUUGAGGAUUUAGUAGUCGGCUUUGAAAGCUGUUUAAAAAGCUGUCGAAUGUUUAGUAAAAAUGAUAAUGGGAAGGAGGAGCCCCCCACCACGCUGCUGUGGGUACAGUAUUUCUUGGCUCAGCACUUUGACUUCAUCGGCCAACCCAGCCUUGCCCUGGAGUACAUCAAUGCGGCCAUCGACAGCACGCCCACACUCAUUGAACUCUUCCUCAUAAAGGCCAAGAUCUACAAGCACGCAGGCAACAUAAAGGAAGCGGCUCGGUGGAUGGACGAGGCUCAGGCCCUGGACACGGCCGACCGCUUCAUCAACUCCAAGUGUGCCAAGUACAUGCUGAAAGCUGGCCUCAUCAAAGAAGCAGAGGAGAUGUGCACCAAGUUCACACGGGAGGGGACUUCUGCAGUAGAGAACCUGAACGAGAUGCAGUGCAUGUGGUUCCAGACGGAGUGCGCCCUGUCCUACAAGGCCAUGAACAAGUUAGGAGAGGCCCUGAAGAAGUGCCACGAGAUCGAGAGGCAUUUUGUGGAGAUCACAGAUGACCAGUUUGACUUUCACACAUACUGUAUGAGGAAGAUGACGUUGCGUUCCUACGUGGACCUGCUGAAGCUGGAGGACGUCCUGCGGCAGCAUCCCUUCUUCUACAAAGCUGCUCGAACAGCCAUCCACAUCUACCUGGCCCUGCACGACAAGCCCCUGACUGACGACAACAAGGAGAGCCGGGCUGACGCCGAGAACCUGACAGACAAGGAGCUGAAGAAACUGCGCAACAAACAGCGACGAGCCCAAAAGAAGAAACAGCUGGAAGAAGAGAAGAAGAAUGCUGAGAAGGAGAAGCAGCUGAAGAACCAGAAAAAGAAGAAGGAGGAUGAUGAUGAGGAGAUAGGUGGGCCGAAAGAGGAGCUAAUACCUGACAAACUGACCAAGCCCGAGAAUCCUCUGGAUGAGGCGGUGAAAUUCCUGAUCCCUCUGAAGAACUUGGUGCGCAACAAGAUUGAGACUCACCUACUGGCCUUCGAGAUUUACUUCAGGAAAGACAAGUAUCUGUUGAUGCUGCAGUCAAUAAAGAGAGCGGUGCCCAUAGAGCCCUCCGACCCGUGGCUGCACCAGUGUCUGGUGCGCUUCUUCAGAGGAGUGAGUGAAGGAGCGGAGCUGGCCGAGCCAGUGAGGACGGUGUUGAAGCAGGAGAUCUCCAGAUUGUUUGGGGAGAGCAACCCUCAGAGCUUCAACAAGAGCUUCCUGAGCCAACACUCCAACUCCGUCCCACACCGACUGGCAGCCGCUAAGAUGAUGGUCUACCUGGAGCCCUCCUCCGACAAGAUGGCCUGUGAGAUAGCUACGGCCCUGGAUGAGUCUUUGUCCGGAAGAAGCUCACAGGUCUGCACUGAGGUGCUGGAGGCUCUGCGUGCUGGGCAGCUGGGUGAGGGUCAGCAGAAGGCUGCUGAGGCCUACAGGGCCGUCUGCCAUAAGCUCUACCCCUACAGCCUGGCCUUCAUGCCCCCUGGUUACCAAGACAACAGCACCGCGGUCAGCACCAACGGCGACCUUUCGGCAGGAGAGCACGACGACAUGGCGAACGAAAUGUGAGCUCGGUCAUGAAGCGAGGAGGAGAAUGAGGAGGAGGUGUUAACACGCUGCCAGGCGCCUUAGUCCGUCAACACAUCCGUUACUCCUCCCCCCGCCCCUCCAGCUCCCGGGCCCGCCCCCACAUUGCACUGAUCUGGACAGACAGAGCACCACAGCAAAGGGAGCUGGCGCAUGAACAAGGCGAAGCCCAGUAAACUUUUUUAAAGAGUAAAAAAAAGGCCCAGUCCACGGUUUGUUCUGUUACUGAAAACACAGAAACAUCUGAUGUGUGGAGACGAAGAGGAUUGUAGGAGAAGUGGACAUUGGCUGGCUCCGAUGGCUUCUGUCAACACAGCUUAGGUUUUCUAUAACUCCUGUGUUUUCAUGCCAUGACUUUCUUGUAGGUGCAUCUGCUUCUCACGUUUUUAAAAAGUAAUUUAUAUAUUACAAACUGACAAAUGGAUUAAUAAAGCAAUGUUUGCAAAUCUAAACAGUAA